AUGAAUCAAAAAAGAUUCCACAAAAUUUGUAAUUUGAUUGAGAAUUUGGAUAAAUCUUUAAAACAAUUUGAUUUGGAAAAUUUCAAGAUAAUUGAAAAGAGAUCAUUGAUGAGCUUCACUUUGAAAUUUUUCAUUGUUCAUGGGGUUGGAUUGGGCGUCAAUACUAUUUUUAUGCUAAUAAGUCUUGCACCUGGCAAUCCGUUGUGGAUGAUAGCGAUACGAACAAGAGCGAUUUCUUUGAACAUUCUUCGUCUGAUGAGUACUCAGUUCAUGUUCUAUUGUGACUACUUGACAAGUCGAUUUGUUAUAUUUAACAAGGAAUGCGAAAAAAUAAUCAAAACUUCUGAUCAAUUCGGAACAGAGAUUGAAAUAUUACAAAAAAUUCAGUUAUUGAAAGCAUUGGAUUUGAAAAUGAUGACGCUUUUGCAUUGUUUUCAAAAAUAUUUCAAGACUAUGUUAAUGCUGAAUAUUACAGCAGAUGUUGUUGCUAUUGUCAUUGCUAUUUAUUGGAUUUACGGUGGGCUAACUUAUGGUAAUCCAUUUGAACUACAAUCUGAUCUAGUUCCAUGUGCGAAAAUGAUUGCAUUGUAUCUUGUGUUUCAUUCUGGAAGUUCUCUAUUAGCUGAACGAAGGAAAACUGCAACUUACAUUUAUUUAAUUAAAAGCAAAUCUUUAAAAUUUGCUGUAAUUAAACGACACUUUUUACUACAAAAGCUUCACACUGAUGGCGAAGUUUUUGAGUUUCAUGGAAAUGGAUUUUUUUAUGUGAACUUUCAAACGUUAGUUGGGGUGAAAAGCGUUUAA